CGGCGGCGGAGGCGCACGCGGCCAGACCUUCUACGUGGACGUGCCUCCUCCGCGGCCGCCGAGGCCGCCCGCGUUCGACGACUACUACGCGGACGAGCCGCCGCCUCCUAGACGCGAGCGGUCGGAGCGGUUGGAGCGACAAAGCAUGACUCAGCACUCCGUCUUCUACGACGAAAGCUGCGGCGGCGGCGGCACCCUGCAACGCCAGCGCCAGGACGCCUACUUCGACUACUCGGAGCCUGUCGGCCCGGCCGGACCGGUGCCGCGCCAGGAGCCGCCACAGCCGCCCCGGCGUCCCAUCAUGCUUCCGCCCACGACCGUGGUCGUCAACCUGAGCGAGUCCGGCGUGCCUCCUCCCCCGAGCGGUCCCCCGGCGAGGCCCGGCAGUUACGACACGCGGCAGGUUGCCACGAGGGCCUCCAUGAGGUCCCACGAGGAGUUCCGGACGCCGCAGCGCCAUCAGCAGUCCGAUAUGCAGGUCCGCAACGCGCCCAUGACGACGCAGCUGACGCAGCAGCUGCGCGACAUCGCCCUGCAGCACCAGAGGCCCCUGGACGACAACGUGAUCUCGUCCACCGAGCGCGUCAUCUACGAAGUCAUUCGCAAGAUGGAGUCCACAUCUUCGGAGACUAGCGAGGAUCGUCCGCAGACCACGAUAGUGCGGGCACAGAACCAGGGCAUGGGGGCCAUGUCGCCGAUGAUGUCCCCGCAGCGCCAAGCCAUGUCACCGCAGCGCCCAGCCAUGUCACCGCCGGGCGUCAUGUCGCCGGGCAUGAUGCGCGGCCCAUCGCCGGGCAUGAUUCGCUCGCCCAUAUCCGCGGGAAGCCGCGGGUACCUGGUGCGCGCGCCCUCGGGCCUCAUGCGCGCGGUCACUCCCAGAAUGCCGGUCCAGUACCCGCAGCGAUGGCCACCCUCCGCUCGGGCUACGCCGCUCACACCGGCCGGCAGGCCCAGGAGGGACGACGAUGGCAUGACCCUGUUCCCUGAGCGUUCUCUCAUCAUGCUCCUCGUCUUCCUGUUUUUGUUCGUCCUCGUUGUCGUCAUACUGGCCAUCUCGGGCAUGAACUUCCCCGCUUUUUCAAAGAGCAAGAACAGUUCCUCGUAAGCGGAGCGCAAUCAUGGAGCGGCGAAUGAGGACUUCCAUCGUGCACACUGCAUGCUGUCUCGGCGAGCAGGGGGCUUCCCAACCAUCAGCAGGAGGCGAUUAAAAAAAGGAGG